AUGGUUCCUCCAUCCAGUCGUUUCCAUGCAAGUCGUCGUCGCUCGCGCUCCCCUCUUGGCAUCUCGGGGAGGUCUUUACGUGGAAAUCACAACAAUGUCUCUCUCCGCCAUUUGAGAGAAAAUAAUAUUUACUCGGAGUACAGACCUAAAUUCAGGGACGAACCUCUCGUCAAUGGUUCCAGGCGCGACUUCGGCCCCCGACGUUAUGGUGUAUCCCAGAAUGAGGGGGCUUGUAUUCAAUCUGGUCCUUGGACGGGAAGAAAUCGUGGUAUUCAGCCCAACCGUUUGGUGAGUGACUAUCCUCCUAGACGAUCGUCCACCGAUUUCGAUUCUGAACCGAAGCGAAAUCAUCGGCAUAGGGCCAUAAGUCCCCCUCCCCCGAAUUCUCUCCCCGAUCGGUACUCUGGUGACUUCCGGGUUGCAAAUUUCGGACGCGGGUACUACGAGGAACGCAGUCGUGGACGUGAGUCUAUGGUAGAGAGGGAGCGUCGUUAUGACCCUAGGGACGAGGCUGCCAUUAAAGCUCCUCUGGAUAAGGCGUGA